AUGGGACCAUUCCCAUCUUCAUAUGGUAAUCAAUUCAUACUUUUGGAUGUGGACUAUGUUUCUAAAUGGGUUGAGGCCAUUUCCUCCCCUACUAAUGACCACAAAGUAGUGUUGAAGUUGUUCAACAAAAUCAUCUUCUCAAGGUUUGGCGUGCCUAAGGCUGUGAUAAGCGAUAACGGAUCUCAUUUUACUCACAACGCCUUCCAAAAGAUGUUGAGGAAACAUGGAGUGCAUCAAUGGUUCGGCCUUCCAUAUCAUCCUCAAUUGAGUGGCCAAGUCGAGGUCUCCAAUCGUCAAAUAAAGCUCAUUCUUGAGAAUACGGUUGCAAGGAAUGGAAAGGAUUGGUCGGACAAGUUAGAUGAUGCUCUUUGGGCUAAUAGGACGGCUUUCAAGACGCCUAUUGAGCUUGAACAUCGUGCCUUGUGGGCCAUCAAGAAGAUAAAUUUUGACUUAGCUAGUGCAGGGGAGAAGAGGUGGUUGGAUCUUCAUGAGCUAGAGGAACUUCGACUUGAUGCUUACGAUUGUGCUAGCACCUACAAAGCUCUCUCCAAGGAGGUUCAUGACAAGUUAAUUGAGAAAAAGGAGUUUUGUGUAGGUGACAAAGUCCUCCUCUACAAUUCAAGGAUGAAGUUGUUCCCCGGAAAACUCAUGUCAAGAUGGAGUGGACCAUUCUUGGUGAAAGAUGUUUUUUAUAAUGGUGUCGUGGAGAUUUCUCCUUUGAACUCCUCAUCUUCAUUUAAGGUUAAUGGUCAUCGGCUCAAGAAGUACCUUGUAGUUUGUGGUGGUUUGGUUGGAUUUGUAAGGAGGGUUGUGAGUAAUUUUGGUGGUAGUUGUUUUGUUUGA